AUGAUCAAGCCAGGAUAUUCCUCCUCCUCCUGCAAUGACCAACAACAACUUGGGCAUGAAACGAAACCUCAGAUUAAUGAUUGUGCUGUUGGAGAGGAUGCCCCCAUGCAAGGAACUGAUCAGAAGAUUUUCCCAACUAGGGCUCAACAGACUGGAAGUAAUAUUGGAGGAAACAACGUUAGGGCUGUGGGUGGUACUGAUGCUGUUAAUGUUGUUGGAGGCCCCCUGGAGGGUCCUAAUAGGAAGCGGAGAGGCCGAAACGAGGAUCCACCAUCGGGCGUCAUCGACUGCGUCGUCUGUGGCAAGCACUUCAACUUGCGGAAGGCUUUGCAUGGGCAUUUGAGGAUCCAUCCUGAGCGUCCAUGGCGUGGGGAGUGUCCUCCCCCGACUGGAACUGGCACUAGCCGCAUAGGCCCUCUGGCUCAGGGCGUGAUGUCGAUAAUGACUCCAGAAGUGAUCGGUGCAGGUGGCAUGGAUGGAACUAAAGGUGAUGAGCCUGCGCCCUCGGCUGCUAAGGAUUCCACUUCUUCUCCAGCGAGAGGCCAGGGAAUCGAUCUGAACCAGCCCCCAGAGAAAGGCCCAAAAUCUCCGAGAUUCGAUCUGAAUAUGCCUGCUCCGGAGGACGAUGAUGAGGAAGUAAACUGA